AUGAUGGAAGGAGAUGACGAUGAGGAGGAGGAGGAAGAAGGCAGCAGUAGUCUUGAACGCAGGUAUCCAACGAGCCGAUAUCUUGAAGAAGAUGAUGUAGGAGAAUGGGAGGAGGAAGUUGUAAUAAGGCGAACUCCAAGAAGACGAUUCGACAGUUAUUCGACUCCCAGAGAGUCUUCAUUCAAGAACUCCUAUGCGGUACCUAAGGACAGAUCACACCGUUUUGAAAAUCCGUCUCCUUCACGAUCAUCUUACUAUCAAAACAGUUCACAACAGCGGUACUCGUCUCAUCGCCCAUCAUCUUCGUCACCAUCCAGGCGAUACGUCUCGUUAGCGGACAGAGAUACAAGAAAUUACGACCCGUCAUUAUUUCGACGGUACACUAAUCGGCAAGAGCAAUCGCUGCUCUCGCAAAAACGAACUGCACCGUCAACGUCGAGGGAAUUCCUCAGUUCCGAUUCGGAACCUGAUCUUCAGGCCUUAGAUGAUAACCCACGAUGA